ACAACUCUAGUACUCCUCCAUAACUGGCCAUGUCGUUCUAUAAGAAACUAGUGAUCGUUGGUUUCGCCUUAACCUUGCUCCUUGUGUCAUUCCGAAUGGAUGCGACUGCAAAGCUUUGCAGUACGACAAUGGAGAGACUCAUUUGCGGCGGAGCAAGUCGAGGCGACGUGAACAGGGCAUGCGAUGAAACGUGCAGAUCCAAGGGCUACACGGGUGGCGGCUUUUGCAACAUGAAAAUACAACGCUGUGUUUGUCGCAAGCCGUGUGUCCAGGAGGAGCAAACAGAGGCGCGCGCCAGAGACGAAGCAGCCGACGCUGGAGAUAUGAUGAGCCAGACGAUGGCAGAUUGAGUGAUGCGCAUGACAGAUGUUUAGCCACCAUAUAUAUAUAAGGAAUAAAAUCAAAACAUGC